CUCACCGCCUCAACUGUCACACUGUUCGUAUAAUAAUAGCUUCGUGGCUGACGUCGACCUUGAAUGUCUGACCGCACUAGAAGCAAGGAUGUUCGAGGAUUCCGAAGAAGCAGGACCUGCAGGCAACCAGCAAUGGGGUUUGGACGCUGGUCAACAUCACAGGGGAUGGAAUGUGUAUCUCGGAAUUCCUGAUAAAUGGGUUUCUGCAAGAGAUUAUAGCGAGAGUGAACUUGAACAGCGCGGCCCCUUAUUCAGUGAUAACUCUGAUGCUACAUCUUUGGAGUCUGCAGACGAGCUAUCCGAAGCUGUAGUUCCUUCUCUGCCGGCUGAAGAAUGUCCGCCCGUUAAACGUCGAUGUGCUCCACAGGCUCGAAGGG